UCAAACCUUCCAUGAUUUUGGCUAUGGUGGAUCUCUAGCUUCCAAGAAGGAUCUCCACCAUCUCUCUCUCUCUCUCUCUCUCUCUUUGCAAAUUCAAAUUGUGGUGAUGUACAAUUGCAGCAAAGUUAUGCAGAUCUGAUCUUCCUUUUCAAUUGAGAGAUCCCACCCUCUCAAUUUCUUCUCCAAUUCAGAUCCCCCUCUCUACAAACAACUAAUUCCACCCACCACUAUCUUCUUAAUCCUUUUUCUUCAAUGGGUUUGCGUUCAAACCCUACUGCAACCCUCUCUUUCUCUGCUUCUUUUCUCCUCUUCCUUCUUUUUCUCUCUCUCUUUGCCUCCCAUCAGGUGUAUUCUGCGGAAGUGGAGAAAGAUGACUUGGAUGGACCUAAAGAUCUCGGUCGACGUAGCAAGAUGUCGUGGAGCAACAGUGAUACAGUAGCCACAAAAAAGGAUGGUGUUGACUCAGAAGAUCUUAAUCUUGACAUGGACUCUAUUGGUCUUGGAGUUUUUGACGCAUUUUUUGCAAGUUUGUCCAUGAUACUUGUCAGUGAGAUUGGAGAUGAGACAUUUAUAAUUGCUGCACUUAUGGCUAUGCGCCACCCCAAGUCCAUUGUUUUGUCUGGUGCGCUCGCUGCCCUGAUUGUAAUGACAGUACUUUCAACUGGUUUAGGUAGGAUAGUGCCGAAUUUGAUAUCAAGGAAACAUACCAAUAAUGCUGCUACAGUUCUAUAUGCAUUUUUUGGCUUGCGGUUACUUUACAUUGCUUGGAGAUCCAAAUCAGAAAAAUCUUCAACAAAAAAGGAAAUGGAAGAAGUAGAGGAGAAACUUGAGGCUGGACAAUCCAAGACGACCUUCCGCCGCUUCUUUCUGCGAUUUUGCACACCCAUAUUCUUGGAGUCAUUCAUUUUGACAUUUCUUGCUGAAUGGGGGGAUCGGAGUCAGAUUGCAACAAUUGCUCUAGCAACACACAAAAAUGCACUAGGAGUGGCUGUGGGAGCCAUAUUGGGGCAUUCAAUCUGUACAUCAAUGGCUGUGAUUGGUGGAAGCAUGUUGGCAUCAAAGAUAUCUCAAGGCACAGUUGCAACUGUUGGAGGCUUGCUCUUCCUUGGCUUCUCCUUGUCUUCCUAUUUUUUCCCACCUCUAUAACAUCACUUGUUCAAGUCAUUUUCCUACCACACUUCAAAUCAUUUUUCAUCCAAUACCCUUCAUGCCAAAAUGGUCAAGAUUGGUUCUAUUUUUGUAUCAGGCAAGUUUGUUUUGACCUCUUAUGUAAAAUCUGAGAAAUUAAACGAUGCUCAGAAACUGUUCGACGAAAUGCCCAAUAGAGAUGUACUUACAUGGACGGCCCUUAUAUCGGGUUUUUCUAGAGUCAAUUCUUCUGGAAUGGCAUUGCAACUGUUUAGAGAAAUGCUGGUUGAAGGUGUUUCUCCAAAUCACUUUACUUUGUCUACUGUUCUUAAACUUUGCUCUAAAGUAGGUGAUGUGCGAAUGGGUAAGGGAAUUCAUGGAUGGAUACUGAGAAAUGGGGUUAAAUUAGAUGUUGUCUUGGAGAAUUCUAUGCUUGAUUUGUAUGCUAAGUUUGAUGAAUUUGUUUAUGCCAGAAAGUUGUAUGAUUCAAUGAGAGAAAAGAGUACUGAUACUGACAACAUAAUACUUGGUGUGUACGUCCGUAGUUGUGAUGUUAACAAAUCUCUUCAUUUAUUCAGAAACUUGCCCUGCAGAAAUGCUGCGAGUUGGAAUACAAUUAUAUGUGGGCUAAUGCAAGGUGGGUAUUUGAAUGCAGCAUUGGAGCUACUCUAUGAAAUGGUGGAGAACGAAUCUGAGUUUAACAAUUUUACUUCUUCCAUAGCUUUGAGUGUGGUUUCUUCUUUACUGAUUCUUGAGCUAGGUAGACAGGUACAUGGCCGAAUUGUCAGGUGUGGUCUUCAUAAUGAUGGAUUUGUAAAGAGUGCACUGAUAAAUAUGUACAUUAAAUGUGGAAAUUUGGAAAAAGCAUCAGUGAUAUAUAGUCGACUGCCUUCAGGUUUUGCAACAAAACAAAGUUCCAAUAUUGUAUGCAGUGACACGAUGACAGAAAUUGUUUCGCGGAGCUCAAUGGUGUAUGGAUAUGUCCGAAAUGGCAAAUAUGAAGAUGCCUUCAAAACUUUUGUGUCUAUGGUCCGUGAACGGGUUCUAAUGGACAAAUUUACCAUUGCAAAUGUUGUGUCUGCUUGUUCUAAUGCUGGUGUUUUGGAGCUUGGACGUCAAGUCCAUGGAUUCAUUCAUAAAACUGUGGAACAACUUGAUGCUCACUUGGCUUCCUCCUUGAUUGACAUGUACGCUAAAGGUGGGAGUUUGGAUUGUGCCCAUCGAAUUUUUGACCAAAUGACCAAUUACUUAAAUGUUGUAAUAUGGACUUCCAUGAUCGUUGGAUGUGCUUUACACGGGCAUGGUAAGGAAGCCAUUAGACUGUUUGAACAGAUGAGAUAUGAGGGAAUUAUACCAAAUGAGGUCACUUUUAUAGGAGUUUUAACAGCUUGCAGUCACGCGGGGCUGCUUGAAGAUGGUCAUCUAUAUUUUAAUAUGAUGAAAGAUGUUUAUGCAAUCAAGCCUAAGGUUGAGCAUUACACUUGUAUGGUGGAUCUUUACGGCCGAGCUGGACUCUUGAAUGAAGUCAAAGAAUUCAUCUAUGAGAAUGAUUUAUCACACCUUAGUGCAGUUUGGAAGGCAUUCCUCUCAUCCUGUCGGCUUUACAGGGACCUUGAAAUGGGGAAGUGGGUUUCUGAAAAAUUGUUUAGACUCAAACCACAAGAUGAAGGGUCUUACGUUUUACUAUCAAACAUGUGCUCCGGCAGUCAAAAGUGGGAAGAAGCUUCAAGAGCAAGAAGAUCUAUGCAACACAGUGGGAUUAACAAAACACCUGGUCAAUCUUGGAUUCAUUUGAAAAAUCAAGUCCACUCUUUCGUUGCAGGAGACCAAUCACACCCUCAACAUGCUCAAAUAUAUGAAUAUCUGGACAAGCUAAUUGGAAGGUUGAAGGAAAUCGGGUACUUGCAUGAUGUGAAAUUGGUGAUGCAGGAUGUAGAAGAAGAACAGGGUGAAGUGCUUCUUGGUUGGCAUAGUGAAAAGCUUGCAGUUGCUUAUGGUAUAAUCAGCUUGGGUUCUGCCAUUCCAAUCCGAAUCAUGAAGAACCUUCGGAUAUGUACUGAUUGUCAUAACUUUAUGAAGUUAACAUCUCAACUUUUAGGCAGAGAGAUCAUUGUUCGAGAUAUUUAUCGUUUCCAUCAUUUCAAUUCCGGUCAUUGCUCUUGUGGUGAUUAUUGGUGAGCUGGGAAAGAGAAUCCAAUGCAUAACAGAGAAAGCAGAACUUAGGAGAAAAUCUUACUAACUGCAUUUUUAAUGCAGUGGCACAGAAGCUAUUGUUUGUGAAGAAGCAAAUGGAAGUAGAGUACAUACAUAACAGUUCCAAAAAGGAAA